AUGGCUCUAACAGCUAACACCUCUCUGCGCAGUGUGAACCUACAAACGCAAUCCCCCAAUCUAACAUCCAUUCCGUCACUCCCACUCUUCCUCGCAGCCAAGAAGCAUGCGCAAACAACCCCCGAUAAAAUCGCUGUCAUCGACACAACCAAGAACCAAUCAUUCACCUUCGGCCAACUCCUCGCCGACACCGCUGCACUAAAGAAGCAGAUCCUCGAGCAAUUGAAGCUCAGCGAAAUAGGAGAACUAGAAGAAAGACGCGUAGCUUUCCUCACACCGAAUGGAUACGAUUAUGUGGUUACACAAUGGGCCAUUUGGGCAGCGGGCGGAGUCACCGUGCCACUCUGCACGACGCACCCAGUGAAAGAGCUACUCUAUACAAUCGGCGACUCGGACCCGUCACUGAUCAUCCUGCAUCCGAGCUUCGCGCACUUCGAAACACCCUUGCGGGAGGGGACCAAGAAUGGAAUCCCAUUCAUGGAUCUAGACCCGUUCACGCAGCGUGUCGCGCCGACGGCUGUCCAAUUGCCUCCGUUUAAUUCACAAUGUCCGCUGGAUAAACGCGCAUUGAUGAUCUAUACGUCGGGUACGACGUCUAGUCCGAAGGGUUGCGUUACGACCCAUAAGAAUAUUACGUUCCAGGCGGAAUGUCUGAUUAAGGCGUGGAAAUACGCACCUUCAGAUCAUCUCAUUCAUGUCCUGCCGUUGCAUCACGUGCAUGGUAUCAUUAAUGGUCUGACGGCUAGUUUCCUGAGUGGUGUUACCGUUGAGAUGCAUCCGAAGUUCGAUCCCAAGGUCAUCUGGUCCCGCUGGCAGGAUCGGGGCUCCUCGACCAUGUUCAUGGCUGUGCCGACGAUCUAUUCCCGACUGGUUGACUACUUUGAGACUCACAUUCGCGGAACGGAGCAGGAAUCCGCGGCGCGGGAUGGAGCUCGCGCACUACGACUUAUUAUUAGCGGUUCCGCAGCGCUCCCCACACCCAUUAAAACGAAGUUUGCAGAGAUCACCGGCCAGACGCUUCUGGAGCGCUACGGGAUGACGGAGAUCGGUAUGGCGAUUAGCUGCGGGCUGGAGGUCGAGAAACGGAUCGACGGGAGUGUCGGGUGGCCGCUUCCCGGCGUUCAGGUGCGACUAACCGAGAAAGAAACCGGACAGGUUGUUGAAGCGGUGGACGAAGAUGGGCAGAUUGAGAUCAAGGGAGACAACGUCUUCCUGGAGUACUGGCGUCGGCCUGAGGCCACGGCCAAGGAAUUCACCGUGGACGGGUGGUUCAAGACCGGGGAUGUCGCCAGACGGGAUGCAUCUGGCGCAUACUUUAUCCAGGGACGGGCAUCAGUCGAUCUGAUCAAAUCCGGCGGGUACAAGAUCUCCGCCCUGGAAGUGGAGCGGAAGAUGCUAGGACUAGACGCCAUCCAAGAAGUAGCGGUAGUCGGGCUGGCAGAUGAGGAGUGGGGACAGCGGGUGGCUGCCGUGGUCAAACAACGCCCUGGAACCGAGCCCCUGGAGCUCCAGAACCUCCGCACUCAACUCAAACAAGAAAUGGCGCCCUACAAGAUCCCCACCGUACUCAAGAUCGUCGAGAGCAUCGAGCGCAACGCAAUGGGCAAGGUGAACAAGAAAACGAUCAUCCAGAAAUACUGGCCGUUGGUCUAA